UUCUCCAACAUGGUCAGAGCCUCAUUUAGUAUGCAAUUUUGGCCAUGUUUGCAUCAUGUAGCUUUAAGAAUCACUGCCACAAGGGCAGCGAACAAACCUGUGAAUUCCUAGGCUCGCCUCCAGCGACCUGAGGCGAUGAGUGAUUUUCCAAACCCUCCGGCAGCUGAAGAUUACAGGAGCUGCGCCCACAUCCAGCACCCGCUGUCUGACACCAUCCUGAGUAGCCAAAUGUUACCGCCAAGGGUUCGGGGACAGCAGAUCACCAUGGAUACAGUGUCGUCCUGAAAGUACAAUAGUCUGUAGGCGCAGAGUUGAGAAAUAAAGAUGCCGUCUCCGACAGAAGCUUUGAAGAAGGAGCUUGAGGAAGAGCUGAAGCUAAGCAGUGAAGACCUGCGGAGUCAUGCGUGGUACCAUGGACCUCUCUCUAGGCAGGAAGCAGAGAGACUUCUGCAAAAAGAUGGAGAUUUCCUAAUACGUGAUUCACUCUCCUCCCCGGGGGACUAUGUACUAAGUUGUGUCAGCUCCACACAGGUCCUCCACUUUAAGAUCAUUGCUGUCACCCUGCGCCCACGUCGUGGCUUCUCCAGGGUUCUUUACCAACUUGAGCAAGACCAAUUUGACAACAUUCCAGCACUUGUACGCUCUUAUGUUGGGGAUAGAAAGCCUUUGUCUGAGUCUUCGAGGGCAAUUAUCGUGAAUCCCAUCAACAGAACUGUGCCACUCAGUAUGGUGAGGGGGAGGCAAGACUCCCAGAAGGCAAAUAAAGAAAACAGGAGGAGUCUUCACCUAGUCGAUAGCAGCUUAUUGAGGAACAAAGACAAAUUUGGAAGCCACCCUGGGAACCUUGAUGUCCUCAAAGAAAUACCUUUACAAAGUGCCCAGUCUGAUGGCAACCUAUUCUCAGUCAUUUCUGCAGAAUCUUCAGGGUCUCCAGAAGAACCACUACCAAUUCCCCUUUCCCCGAUGUUCCGCACGGGCAGUGACCCAGUCCUCAGAGCCAAAACCCAACCAGUUCUCCCACUGGACUAUGAUGGAAGCAAUGCUUUGAGAGGAUCGGACAGCCAGCUACACUCCAAGGCUCCCCCAAAACCCAUUAGAGCCCCUUCUUUGCUUCUUCCUGACCCCCCUGAAGAAUCAGACACAUAUUCUGAACUGGUCCCUCGUGCUCCCAUGACCACCAGGAGAUAUGUGGACACUUUAAAAGCAGAGGAGAAAUGGAGGAACCGUGCCCGUGCCACUGAGACUACUUUUGGUUUUCUGGAUGCUGAAAAAUCACCAGAUGUGAUUUCACCUGGACUGGACCGCAACCUCAGUUCUUCAAGGAUAGACAAUUCAAAAAUAGUGUACCCUGAGUUGAAUAAAUCCAAAGUAGUGCAAGCUGAGAAAUCUAGAACUCUCUUUUUGGAAUCUAUAGAUCAUUCGAGAGUAUCACAUUCUGGUUCACAAAAUCCUAAAAUAUCCACUUUUAGAAUAUCAAAUUCCAAGGUGAAUCAACCUAUUAUAGAGACUCCUGAAGAAGGAGAUGACUUUGUUCGACCACAAAUACAAACAACAACCUCUUUCCAACCAAGAACGUUCCAGUCUAUUUUACUUUUACCGGAUAAUAAACCUUUGGAACCUAACACCUUGCGCAAGCUCAAAGAAAUUGUCAGCCAAAGAGACUGCAAAGAGAGCGCUCUUCAUAUCCUGAGAGAAGAUUGCGUGGAGAUUCGUAUCUGGGAAGUUACUAAAGAGCAACAGAAGAGUAUGGGUGUGCGAUCAGGGCUGGAGCUAAUAUUACUGCCUUAUGGACAACAACUUAGACGAGAUCUCUUAGAAAGACAUCACCUGCUGUCACUGGGUAUAGCUGUGGACAUAUUGGGCUGCACUGGAACUGUUGUGGAACGAGCGCACACCUUACACCGGAUCAUCAGCUUGGCGUAUGAGCUGAAAGAAUAUGCAGGGGAUCUCUUUGCUUUUUCUGCUGUUAUGAAGGCUUUGAUGCUGCCACAGAUUGCUCGCUUGGAACAAACAUGGCAGAUGCUACGCCAAACCCACACAGACAGCGCCAUCACCUUCCACAAGCAGCUGAAACCAGCCCUGAGAGACAUGGAUGAAUGUUUAACAGUUCCUUCACCCAACAACAUUGUAGUCCCACACAUUUUGCCAGUCCUCAAGGCUUUGGAAGGAGAAGAUGAUUGGGGAGGUCCAGUAGAGGAACACUGUGGAUGUCUGCUCCGCAUGCUGCAAGCUGCUCGAUCAUAUGCUGCAAAUGCUGAGGUUUACCAGAAAAACGCAGAGGACAAGCUCAAAGGGUUCACUCCUGAACCAGAACUGAGAGAAGCCUUCAAGACUGAGUUUUCCUUGAGAAUGUUUUGGGGAAGUAAAGGAGCAACAGUUGAACAAGCUGAAAGAUAUAAGAAGUUUGACCAAAUCCUGAAUGUUCUAUCCCAAAAGCUGGAGCCUGAGACUCAAAGGAAUAGGUUGGCUAGCUCCGUCUAUGGAUCCGUGUAUGGACAGGCCUAUUAGAUAUAUGUCAACAUAUGUCCAACAAAUAGAUGUUUUCUCCAGCAACUACCACCAGUUUAUUACUCCACAAUACCCACCAAGAGAUAAAUAGGUACUGUGUAUGCUCACUGUCAAAUCACUGUGUAUAACCACUUUAACCAACACAUAGGUCAACUAGACCCAACAACAAAACUUUAACUAGCUUCAGCCAACAAAGGACAUCAAGAUCCAGUAAAGGAAGCCAUAGCAUAAGAGGUGGAGCCAUGGUGAAUACUGUAGAGACCCACUAGUGGACAUUCACCUAAUGUACAGUAUUCACCUACCAGAUCCAACACAUUAUCAAGAAGAAACUUGCUUCCACCAUCUAAGGCAGUGUUCCUCAACCAGCCUCUCUCCAGUUGUUGCAAGGCUAUAACUUCCACCAUCUUCUGAUAUUCACAGACUCUGGGUUAUAGUUUUGUAACAAAAAAAGCUGAGGAACAUAGAAGAUUUAUCAAAACUGGUGUAAAGUAAAACUGGCUUAGGUGCCCAUAGAAGCCAAUCAGAUUCCACCUUUCAUUUUCACAGCUCCUUGCUAUGGGCAGCUAAACCAGUUUAUCUUUACACCAGUGUUGAUAAAUCUCACGUCCACCGGAACACAUCCAAUGACCUUUUUUUUGCAUUGGUCAUAGCGGUUGCCAAAUUACAGUAAAAGUUGCGACAACUUUUGUGGUUGGAAUGCAACUGACAUGAAGAAGAAGAAGAUUCUGAAGAUGCUGCUUUGGCCUGGAUGACUGUUCAAUAGUCAGGUACCUGAAGGAUCAAUCAGGUGCAAUUGAUGCUGGAUUAAAGGAACUUUACUCUCCAUAUCACAAGAUCAGCACUUUCUGCGUCACUCGGUUACACUCCCAAUGGCUUUGUCUACUGAAGUCUUCUAGUCUAUUUUACCAUUUUGUUUUAUGAUAAUUGUAUUAAAGGUUAUUUUUCCAGA